CUCAUUUUCCACGGGCUCUUAUUAAACUGAGAAGAGGAAGGAAGGGAAGAGAGCGAAGAAAGAGAAAUGUAUUCACCGAAAUCGUCUGCCUCCCACUACACAGAGAGAGGAUGCUUCAGAAAUUCCCAAGUGCUCCCAUGGACUGUGGCUGGGGCCUCCAUCCUGUUUCUCAGUGUCUGUUUCAUUACCAGAUGUGUUGUAACGUAUCGCAGCAGUCAAAUUGACGAGCAGAAAAAGCUGCUGGCCCAUGAAACUGUCAAGGAGCUCUCCUGCUACGGGGUCACGUCAGGUUCUGUCAGGAGCUGCUGUCCUUUGAACUGGAAACGUUUUCAGUCCAGUUGUUACUUUUUCUCUACGACCACCCUGACCUGGCAGUCAAGUUUAAAGAAUUGCUCAGAAAUGGGCGCUCACCUGGUGGUUAUCAACACUCCGGAAGAGCAGGAAUUCCUUUUUAAGACAAAACCCAAGAGGAAAGAGUUUUAUAUUGGACUGACAGACCAAGUGGUUGAGGGUCAGUGGCAGUGGGUGGACGACACUCCUUUCACUGAGUCCCUGAGCUUCUGGGAUGCUGGGGAGCCUAACAAUAUAGUUUAUGUGGAGGACUGUGUCACCAUAAGGGACUCUGGAAAUCCCAGGAAGAAUUGGAAUGAUAUACCGUGUUUUUACAAUAUGCCUUGGAUUUGUGAAAUGCCAGAAAUAAAUCCUUUGGACUAAAUGCAAAUGAACACAGAAGACAUGACCUGAAUGCAUAAGGAGGAACAAGAGUGUAGCAACACCCAAAAUCUAAAAUCCAGCAUGAGAAAACAUCUAUUAUAGAUUAUAAGAACCACAUAUGUAUGUGUUACUCUAAUAUAAGUAAAAGUGAGGGUUUUUUUUUGUUCCCAUUGUUAAAAUCCGUGGUACUGACUUAUGUUUUCAACAUAACCUGCAAGUACGGUUUUCAGAACAUGCGGAGUAAUCCACUCAUAAAUGCAGUGAGAGGAAAUGGACUUUCUUGUUGACAUAUGGUUUACUUAUGAGAAUUGAAAUGAAAUACAGGCACAGAGAGAGCACACAGUCCAGUGAAGAAGAGGUUUAUAGAAUGAGACUUUGGAUGACCACCAGAUCGUCCUCUGCUUCCUACUCCCUAGGAUCUGGCUUAUCUUCUCAUGCUGUUAAUGCACAGAUCGCAUCCAUGUUCUCCAACAACAAGGAAAACACAUCUUUAAGUAUUGAAACUUAAAAUGUACUGCUGCUCAGGAGAAUACCAUGGCUGUCAGCACAUCUCUAGAGAGAGAGGCCCAACCAGCUCCAAACAGACUGUGGUCUAGUCUACUCUUCCCUGGACCCCCAUUUUCUCUGUGUUCUCUUCUAUCAACUGGAUCUCUCCUGUAUUUGUGUCUACUGCCCAAGUAGAACCAGAUUUUAAAGUGAAACUGUCCUUCAA